CCCUCCCCCCGGGCGGGGCCUUCCCGGGGAGGCGGCCGGGCUCGGCUCGGCUCGGCUCGGCUGUGCCCACCCCGGCCCGGCCCGGCCCGGCACCAGGCGCUGCCAGUAGAGAAAGCCUGGCAGGGGGGCAGCAGACAGCACCGAGCCUCCCCCGCCGCCGCCUCUUGGUUCCCCCUGGGAAACAUGGCUGAGGCGGGGCCGGGGCCGGGGCCGGGGCCGGGCUGGCUGGAGCAGCUCAAGUCGUGUUUCGCCUGGUCCGGGACGUCCCCGUGGACGCUCUGGCUCUUCGCCCUGCUCUGCCUCGCCGGCGUCCUGCGCCUGCCGCUGCGGAUCAGCGACAACCUGAGCACAGCUCCCUGCAGGCUGGAACUCAGCCAGACUGCAGGGAUCUCAUUGCUGGCAGACUUCGUUAUAAAGGAGCUUUGCUUCCAGAGGCUUCACCAAGUGAGUAUGUUUUUGAACACAUUAACCCCCAAGUUCUAUGUUGCCCUGACAGGCACAUCCUCAUUAAUCUCUGGGCUCAUUUUGAUAUUUGAGUGGUGGUACUUUCGCAAGUAUGGGACAUCCUUCAUUGAGCAGGUCUCCGUGAGUCACUUGCGCCCUCUGCUGGGUGGGGUGGACAAUAACUCUCCCAACAACUCUAACACGAGCAACGGGGACUCUGAUUCAAACCGACAAAGUGUUUCAGAAUGCAAAGUCUGGCGAAAUCCAUUAAACCUUUUCAGAGGAGCUGAGUAUAACCGGUAUACAUGGGUGACAGGAAGAGAACCUUUGACUUACUAUGAUAUGAAUCUUUCAGCACAGGAUCAUCAAACGUUCUUUACAUGUGACACGGAUCACUUACGACCUGCAGAUGCCAGUAAGCAAAUGAACUCCUGCCAGGAGGUUAUGCAGAAAGCGUGGAGAGAAAGAAACCCCCAAGCCAGAAUUUCUGCAGCACAUGAAGCCUUGGAAUUGAAUGAGUGUGCCACUGCUUACAUUCUCUUGGCUGAAGAAGAAGCAACAACUAUUGUGGAAGCAGAGAAGCUGUUUAAGCAGGCUUUGAAAGCAGGAGAAGGCUGUUACAGACGUAGUCAGCAAUUACAGCACCAUGGAGCUCAGUAUGAAGCUCAACAUAGACGGGAUACCAAUGUUCUAGUAUACAUCAAAAGAAGGCUGGCAAUGUGUGCAAGAAAGCUGGGGAGGACCAGAGAAGCAGUCAAAAUGAUGAGAGAUUUAAUGAAGGAGUUUCCUCUGCUCAGUAUGUUCAACAUCCACGAAAACCUGCUAGAAGCUCUGCUGGAAUUGCAAGCAUAUGCAGAUGUUCAAGCAGUUUUAGCAAAGUAUGAUGAUAUAAGCUUACCCAAAUCAGCAACAAUAUGCUACACAGCUGCACUGCUCAAAGCCAGAGCUGUCUCUGACAAAUUCUCUCCAGAGGCUGCCUCCAGGCGAGGGCUGAGUACAGCAGAGAUGAAUGCAGUAGAAGCUAUUCACAGGGCAGUAGAAUUUAAUCCACAUGUGCCAAAAUAUCUGCUAGAAAUGAAAAGCUUAAUCCUUCCCCCUGAACACAUUCUGAAGAGAGGGGACAGUGAAGCAAUAGCAUAUGCUUUCUUUCACCUUCAGCACUGGAAGAGGGUAGAGGGGGCUUUGAAUCUCUUACAUUGUACGUGGGAAGGCACUUUCAGAAUGAUUCCCUAUCCUUUAGAAAAGGGACACCUUUUUUACCCUUACCCCAUCUGUACAGAAACAGCUGACAGAGAACUACUUCCAUCAUUUCAUGAAGUUUCAGUUUACCCCAAGAAAGAACUUCCUUUCUUUAUACUCUUCACUGCUGGAUUAUGUUCCUUCACAGCCAUGCUAGCUCUCCUGACACAUCAGUUCCCAGAGCUUAUGGGGGUCUUUGCAAAGGCUUUUCUCAGCACUCUCUUUGCCCCUUUAAAUUUUGUGAUGGAGAAAGUAGAAAGUAUUCUGCCCUCCAGCCUCUGGCACCAGCUGACGAGGAUCUGAAGGAAUACCCAACCCUGUUCGACUGCCACAGCAUCUUCUGUGCCAACUUUUUUGUUGACCACAAGAAAGCAUGAUAAAAAAAGGGAAGCAGUUCUAAGACUUCAAAACUCUUCAUGGAUUGUCUGUUCUCAUAUAAAAAAAAACUGUUUUGUUGUACAAACAACAUUGAUGUUAGGUUCUAUUAUAUUUUGCCUUCAGAAAAGAAAAAAAAAUCUUAAAAAUAAACUUUUGUGUAUUGCA